UAGUCUACCCUGGCUAUGACCUCAGCGAGCAGAUCAUCCGAACGGAGAGCAGACUCACAAACGCAAGCACCACUUCGUUCGCCACCUGCGUCGGGCCUGAUGAGAGAAUCAGAACCCCCCAAUGAGCCAAUUAUCUGCAUCGAGACCGACCUUUGAUUGAAUUGGGAUGGGCAGGAAUGAUGCUUGGUCGGCAGUCGGUUCAAGGGUCUGAUUGUCAAUCUCAAUCACGGCGCCGGUGGCGCAACGCAACGCAACCCAGUGCUGGCUGGCACUCUGACCGGCCCUCCUAUUCCGAAUACCGCAAUGUUCUAGAAACCGUCUGGAAGCCCCUGGGAGGGCCGAUCGAAGCUUCCACCUCUUCCACAUCGCGUCCGUUCCCGGUCGACUGGGCUGAAGGAUUCGGAGGUCUGGGGCCCAUCGUCCACGUCUCCUUUUCGUUUUCACCUUCUGGAACACGCUGAGACGGUGCUAGUCCGAUCGACUACGCCCGACUAUGGAUUUCAUUUGAUAAUACCUAGGAACGGAGACAGACUAUUGACCCAAGGCCGUCAGCUAUUGAAGUAGUG